CCUAAACGAAAACAAAACUCAGAAUAUCAGCACGUUUUUUUUUUGCAUACACAGCAUAUUGAAAAUUGUUUCAAAUUUAUUUCAAUGUGUAUAUUUUUUAAUUUUUAGUCGUCAAUUCCUUCGCUGCUGUACUUGAUUUAAAAACGAGCUAAGCUUUGAAAUUGUUGUGAUAAUAGUAACACUCCCUGCCGAAUGAAGAGUUUAAUGAUAUCCUGUGUGUUCUUUUUGUCUUUACAUUUUUCGUGUAUUUUGGAUAUUCAUUUAAUAAGUAGUUACAAAUAAUAUGUUUCUUAAUAAAAGUAAUUAAAUAACUUUGGCGAUAAUGUCUUCAAAAUACCACUUUGGCAUAUCAAAUCACUUAACCGAUGACGAAUGUGAAUAUUAUCUCAAUGGAGUUAAAUUAAGCAACGUUCAGUCAACACUGCAAAGAAUGCAUGAAAAUAUGAAAUAUGAAGAUUUAAACACUGAAGAAGAUCCUUCGGCAAACUCACUACUAACAGCAUAUCAAUAUGACAACGAGCUCCAUCGAGAACAAGUACAAGAACACUACCGCUAUUAUCAUAUGCCACAACAGCAACAACGUUCUCAAAAUGAUCUCCAGUUCCGCUGUUUUUACACCAAUGCCGAUAAACAUAACAAUAUUCCACUCAUAUCAAAUGCAAAUUGUGCCCCACCAAAAAGUGUUCACUUGCAACAUGGCAAUAAUGCAAACAACAAUUAUCAGCGAUCGCUAAAUCUCCAAUUUAGAGAAGAAUCAGAACCACAUGUGCAACAACGUCAUCGUUGCCGACAUUUUAAUUUUGAUUUUGGCGAUUGUCGUAGCGCCUGUCAUUACGGACAGAACCAUACCUGCUUUUGCAAUCGAAAUUCAAAUACCCCACACAAGUCUAGGCCAAGAAAUCUACCAUCUGCUCGUAACAUGCCUUCGUCCAAAAAUAUCUUACAAUCUAAUGAGGAUUUGACAUUUGAUAAGUAUGAAUUACAGAAUGACUACAAUGAACAUUCAGAUACGACCCGCCAAUACAGAAAGCACGUACUUAAAGAGAAAUCGGCCAACAACAAUGACAAGAUUGCUUAUGGAAGUUGGAACUGUGAUUCAUAUAACCUCACUGCCAUUGAAAGUAUGCAUGAAUACAUAGAUUCAAAACAAAAUGAUGCUCACAAGUACCAAAAAUCUAAAUAUUAUGCCGAUGAAAAAUGCAUUAUUUCCCAAAAAAAUAGUUCUAGAAAAAGCAAAGAACUACUUGAAUAUCAAAGGACCAAAGAUUAUUUAAACAAUUAUGAAAGAUCGGACGAAGAGCCGUGUAAUAGAACUAAAAAUGAUGAAAAUGAAAAUAAUUCACUCACUUCAUCAGAAGGGGGUGAAAAACAUUCAGGAACUGUUAAAAAAACUUCACCUUCAUCAAAAAAUCGUCGGGUUUUAAUUUACAGUAAUCAAAGUCCUAGAUUAUCUCACUUGAUUUCCCAUAAACGAAAUUUGCGAACGAAAACAAAAGCUAUCGUUGAGUGCAAACCGGAUGCAUUACCCAAAAUUAUGAAAGUUUGUCAUUCCGGAGAAACAAAGUCUGCGAUUUCUUAUCGAAAUAGUAAUUAUUCAAUAACAAACAAACCAACAUUUGAUUCUAAAGAAUUUUCUUCCGAAGAGAGUGAUAGUGAUCAUGAAUUGGAUGAUGUUUCUGACUUUGAUGAGGACGAUGAUUCCGAUGUAUCUUCCGAUUCAGAAGAAUGUUAUCGAUCACAUGCCUACAAAUUCACACAUUCAUUUGAUGCUAUUUCGACCACUGCAUCUGUUUUGUCUUCCCUUAAUUCUGUGGAUAGUUUAACGAACCCAGAAAGCCUUCUAGUGCCAAGUUUAUUUCCUAAUGUACCACCGUAUUUAGCAUUUUCUUCAAAUACAAAAAAAGGUCCAGAUGUUCCGGCUGAUUUAUACCGCAUCCUAAAAUGGAGAGUUACGACAGUAAUGCCAAGAGUAGUGCGAACGAUUUUAUCUAAUAGUGGAAUGCGAUUGCUAAAAAAAACAAAUGACUGGAUGGGGGUUUGGGGGAAACAUAUGAAGUCGCCAUGUUUCAAAACAGUACGCCCCUAUCAAAAAAUAAAUCACCUACCAGGUUCGUUUAAGAUUGGUCGCAAAGAUUCAUGUUGGAAAAAUCUAGUUAAGCAAAUGGCAAAACAUGGGAAGAAGGAAUUUGGCUUUAUGCCCAAAACGUACAUUAUGCCCAAUGACCUAAAACAAUUUCGCAAAAGUUGGCCCAAAUACUACCAGAGAAAUGUCAAAUGGAUUAUCAAGCCACCAGCUAGUGCUAGAGGUUCCGGUAUAAGAGUUGUGGACAGAUGGGCACAAAUCCCCAAACGAAAGUCCUUUAUUGUCCAGAAAUACGUUGAGCGUCCUCUGCUAAUAAAUGGUAGUAAAUUUGAUUUACGACUAUAUGUUCUAGUAACAUCGAUGAAUCCACUACGCGUUUUCAUGUAUCACAAUGGCUUAGCCCGCUUUGCAUCAGUCAAAUACAGUGAUAAAUCGGAUACGUUAAGUGAUCGGUGUAUGCACUUAACGAAUUACAGUAUCAAUAAAUUUUCAUCAAAUUAUGCGAAAAACGAAGAUGUCAAUGCUUGCCACGGUCACAAAUGGACAAUUAAAUCACUGUGGAAUUAUCUAGGAAACCGUGGCGUACAUACUGAACUCUUAUGGGAUGCCCUACGGAGCUUAGUUCUGCGAACUAUUUUAGCUGGAGAAAAUUCUAUAAACAACAUGAUUAGAACUAAUGUGGAAUCAAAGUAUAGCUGUUUCGAGCUGUUUGGGUUUGAUGUCUUAUUAGAUGCUGAUUUAAUCCCAUGGCUAUUGGAAGUCAACAUAUCACCAUCAUUGCAUUCAGAAUUGCCACUGGAUGCGCAUGUAAAGGCACCUCUCGUCCAGAGUGUAUUAAACACUGCACUUUAUAAUGUACCACCGAAGCUUACCAUAGAACGCCAAAAAGAAAUUGCAGCUGAAAUGUCCCUACAGCCUGGACCCAUUUGUUAUGACAAAAGACUAUACAUUAACUAUUUAUCGCGUACAGAGAAAAUAAAACACAGUACAUUUACUCGCAAAACGAUGGAGGACCGAAAUGAGUAUAUUGAUGCAAUAUUGGAAAAUCUGACCCCGGACGAUGUACGUUGUCUUAUCAUAGCCGAAGAUGAAUUAGCACGAAGCUCACCUUUGGAACGCAUAUUCCCAACCGCAGAAACACAUAAAUACUUGAAAUACACAGAAACCCCACGUUAUUAUAACCGCUUGUUGGAUGCAUGGGAGACACGGUACAGUCACAAUCGCAUUGAGGGCAUUAAUUUACUACGACAGUAUUGUGAAGACAGAUAUCACCUUCAAGUACCGCAGAUACCCACAAAGAAGGGAUGUUGGAGAGCAAUCGUGUCUCUAUAUUGGCGCUGUCGUGCCUUAUAUUCUCGAUUUUUUGGCUAAAUUUCUGAGAUGGAUAUUAAAGUCAUAAUUACAUCAAUCUAUUGCGCAACAUUUGUUUCUUCUAAGCCCUCCUGCCAAACAAAUUAUGAGUCUUGCCAGCACUUGUGUCCCGCUUAUGGGUCUUUAUUCACAUGGGAAAGUGGACAUUCCAAUAAAAACCUUAAGUGGAAUAUCAUCGAAACCGAUGACUUUACAAUUCACCAAAUACUCCAAUGGCGAACACGAUUACCAACGACAUCAAAAAAUUACAUAGACGAUUGUUUUCUCUCUGAGAGUAGUUGAAAACAACUUAACACCUUCAUUGACUGAGGUAUAGCUACAUUGCCCUUUAAUUUAGGGUACUUUACGCGUUGGUUGUGUUAAAACCUAAAAUAUUUGUUAUUAAAAGCUUGUAAUCAAUCUACCGUUAAGUGAUACUUUAUUGAAUAAUAGUAUGUCAAAUUAGAUAGAUUCCAAUGACUGUAAUACAUCACGUAAAUCUCAAACAACUAAUGGAUUUCUUGGAAGAUAUUUUUGUGUCAUUCUUACACAUAUAAAAAUACGACUUCAACCAAACCGUAUUUUUAUUUAAUUGUUUA